AUGAGUGCUACUCAUGUUUCAAAAGAUGAUGGCAAAAAAUUGAAAAGUAAUCGUAAUAGAUCAGGACAACAAGCUCAGAUCGUAACCCAAUCAUCAACAAUUGCUGAACCAGCAGUUCAGCCAGGCAAUCAUUACGACAAUUGGUUUCUGCCACGAGGUGAAUCAUCGCUAAGUCAAGCUUCUAGCAGUAAUCACCAGUCUUUCGAAAGUACAUCAUCGUACGCCCUUAAACAAACAAAAACAGGUAAGAAAAAUAAUUAA